UAUUACGGUGACCACGUCACAUUAUUCAAUAAUAAAUUGAAAUCAGUGCUUGUCGAGAGUGCUCUGUAUUCUUACGAAGAAAUUUUUCUGUUGUUUAUGAAGCUGAAUUCUCGGAAGAUUUUAAGAGUUGUAAAGACUUUAAUAAUAAAUACACAAAAUGUGAAAGUUUCAUACUGGGUCUGGUGGAAGCCGAUGAUGAUGCAGAAGGUGGGAUUGGCGUUAGCGGUGUUAUGGAAAUAUCACAAAACAUUGACAAGGGAUAUAAGAUAAGUAUAGAAGUUUGGAAGCUAAUGGACGUGGGUAAGGAGUUCACAUUCGCGUCAGUGGCCGAUGUAUGUGACAGUUUAAAGAGCGAGGAAGCGCCUUGGUAUCCUCUGGUCGUCAGCAUGAAUGUGACUGACUGCCCAGUGCCUGCGAAAACUUAUCCCAUACAAGAUUUGCUUAUAUCGUUAGAAUUUGCUAAAGAUUUCCUAUGUGUUGAAUUCUGCGGGGAAUAUGAAGUGAUACUAUCUGUAUUGAACGAAAACGAUGAACAACUAUCAUGUUAUGUCCUGGGUAUAUCGAUCACGGAAGUUGAAAAAGACAAAAAGAAAUAAAAGUAUUCUAACAUA